AUGAAGCAAAUCCUGCAGAUGGAUUACAUAUACAAGCAAGCGGACCUCACCAUUGUUGCGGCUGCUGGCGACCAUUCCGACUACGGUCUUCCCGGCGUCAGCACAGUGCCUCGCUCGCCGAGGCAAAGUUUGAAAAUCGGCAAUUAUGUCUUGAUGUCCUGUUGGCGUGAUACCACCCUGGCGCACGCUUUGGAGCAAUCCAAAUGGAUGGAACGUGCUUGGACGUACCAAGAAGCCCUCCUCUCAGAGAGACGGCUGUUCUUUACCGACUACUGCUACCUCCAUGAUUGCGGAAAAUGCUUCGCCGAGGGGGACGAGUCAGUGCAAUUUGAUUCUUGGCGGCACUGCCCUAAGCGUGUGGCCCACGGUCAUGCGAAGUUGACAAGCCAAUGGAUGGCAUACCAUGCUUUCCCAUCGGCGACAGAUAUGUGCAAACGGAUCGAAGAAUAUUCGAGAAGGCAUCUCUCACACCAGUCGGAUGCUCUCAACGCCAUAACCGGGGUCCUUCAGACAUACGAGCAUACAGUCUCACCGGAACAACAUUACUUUGGCCUCCCAAUGUUCCGGCCUUACGUCCGCGAGGCCGAUCCUUCCACGACGAACAUGGAUGGAUUCGUGCAGUCAAUGCGGUGGAGUUUGGAAGGGUCACAAGUCCGAGAGAGAAGACCUGAAUUUCCAAGCUGGUCUUGGGUCGGAUGGAAGUGCCCUUGCUACAUGAAGAGCGAGGCACCGACUACGCCAACUGAGGUCAUCAUCGAAAUCGAACUUAGCUCUGGAGCUCGAAUCGACUGGGCCCAGUUCGCAGAGAUGGGCUAUUUGAAGCACGACCGAACGAGCCAAUCGCGCUACAUAUGGGUGGAGGCGUGGACUUUUCUUUUGGAAACGCUGGACGCGCCGCCUCCAUUCGAGGAGAACGUGCAACAAUCGGAGCUCAUUCGUAAUGCGAUAAUUGAUCCCAACGUUGUCCAGUUCAAGGCUUCCAUCGACCUGUUUUGCAACGAUUCCGCGGAGGAGCUGGAGCGACUGAGGGUCUCGUGCGGAAAGGGAAGGCUUCUCGCUGUCGUGUUGGGAGACAUUAGCAAGGAAGUGACGACGCGAUCCAUCAUCAUCGUGGAAGAGUUGGACGGCGAAUAUCAGCGUGUUGGCAAUUUCGACGACACAGGUCGCGCCAUGAUUUGGGAUAUCAGUGCAAGUUUCUGGGAAAGGGAUAUUGCCGGUUUGGAAAGGCAAUGGAUCAGGCUUUCGUAG